AUGAAACUCGACUUUGAAUUGAACAAAAAAGAAAGACAAGCUUCAGAUGACAAAGGAUCAAUGGAAAAAGAUUCAUACGACCAGCAUGCUCCUACCGCCACAGCAUCAACAGAUCACAAUCAUAGUAAUAACCGAGUGAUCGUCGACAGCAAUGUGGGCAUGAAUUGGUACCUCAUUGCAAAAAUGGGCAACAUUCAGUUUCUGUUGUCAUGUAUUGCAUCCAUAUCACUACUGGCAACAAUGAGUAUUAUCGGCUUUUCGUUACUUCGUUUCACAUCAUCAGCUUGGACCACUUAUCUAAUGUCAACAGCAUACAUUGCUGUUAGAGCAUAUCACAGCGUAUCAUGGAUUGAUAUCGGAAAUUUCAGUGGUAGAUGGCGUUCAUAUCCGCAUGUGAUCGCCUACUGCGGAAUGGUAAUGUUCCAAACAGUGAUCUAUAUGAGCAGCCUAUGCUGGGUAGCAUACUCACUCUACGGUGCCGAAUAUCAGCUGCAUAUUACACUUCACACAGAUUCUAUGCUGUCGACUACGAAUCCAAAUGCACUCUUGAUGCUGAUUGUCGUUGAGAUGCUGUCGUUAAUGGGCACCGUGUUCACUGGCGUGUUCGGGAUGAUCGCUUGUUGCCGUGGCCUCGGAAAGAUUCUGCAUCACAUGGAACAACUCAUUGUGGUUGGUUUGCAGGAGUUUACUUGGUUAUGA